AUGGAGUUUGUGAGGGCGCUGUGGCUUGGUCUGGUACUGGCCCUGGGGACCGAGCCGGCCCGCGGUCACCCGCAGCCGUGCGGCGUCCUGGCGCGCGUCGGGGGCUCCGUGCGCCUGGGGGCCCUCCUGCCUCGCGCGCCCGCCGUCCGCGCCCGCGCCCGCGCUGUCCUGGCCCGGACCGCCUUGACUCAGCGGCUGCCCUACAAUCUCAGCCUGGAGCUGGCGGUGGCCGCUCCCCCCGCCCGCGACCCCGCCUCGCUGGCCCGCGGCUUGUGCCAGGCGCUGGCGGCGCCGGGCGUGGCGGCCCUACUCGCUUUCCCCGAAGCGAGGCCCGAGCUCCUGCAGCUCCACUUUCUGGCGGCCGCCACCGAGACCCCCGUGCUCAGCCUGCUGCGGCGCGAGGCGCGCGCGCCCCUCGGCGCCCCGACGCCGUUCCACCUGCAGCUGGACUGGGCCAGCCCCCUGGAGACACUGCUGGACGUACUGGUGGCCGUGCUGCAAGCACAUGCCUGGGAAGACGUGGGCUUGGUACUGUGCCGGGUCCGAGACCCCAGCAGCCUGGUGGCCCUCUGGACAAGCCGGGCUGGCCAUGCCCCAAGGCUCGUGCUGGACCUGAGCCGGCCAGACACUGGUGAUGCAGGGCUAGGGGCACGCCUGGCUGUCCUGGGGACACCCAUAGGAGGGGACACACUGGUCUCCACAGUUGUCCUUUUGGGCUGUGAUGCAGUCCGUGCCAGCCAGGUGCUGGAGGUCGCGCCACAUGGCCCCCACUGGCUCCUGGGCACAGCGCUUUCUCCAGAAACACUGCCUGCAGCCUCGGCCAGCCUGCCCCUGGGGCUGCUGGCGCUGGGCGAGGUGGCCCGGCCUCCACUGGAGGCAGCCAUCCAUGAUGCUGUGGAGCUGGUGGCCCAGGCUCUGGGCAGUGCUGCCCAAGCACAGGCAGAACGCGCCCUGCUCCCAGCUGCUGUCAGUUGUGACAACCCCCAGCCGACAGGGCCAGAGUCCCGGGGGCACUUGUUGGCAAGGUUCCUGGCCAACACAUCCUUCCAGGGCCUCACGGGGCCAGUGUGGGUGACGGCUACCUCGCAAGUGCACAUGUCACGGCGGUUCAGGGUAUGGAGCCUACGCCAGGACUCGCUGGGCACUCCAGCCUGGGCCACUGUGGGCAGCUGGCAGAAUGGGCACCUGGACUUGGAGCCAGGCACAGUGGCCGCGCCCCCCCUCCCCCCACCUGGCACUCGGGCCCGGUCGAAGCUUCGCGUGGUGACGCUGAUAGAGCAUCCAUUUGUGUUUGCCCGGGAGCCUGAUGAAGAUGGGCAGUGCCCAGCCGGGCACCUGUGCCUGGACCCAGGUACCAACAACUCAGCAACACUGGACACGUUGUUUGCUGCACUGGCCAAUGGCUCUGUGCCACGCACCCUGCGCAAGUGCUGCUAUGGCUACUGCAUGGACCUGCUGGAGCGGCUGGCCGAGGACACGCCCUUUGACUUCGAGUUGUAUAUUGUAGGUGAUGGCAAGUACGGUGCCCUGCGUGAUGGCCGCUGGACUGGGCUGGUGGGCGACUUGUUGGCUGGCACAGCGCACAUGGCGGUCACCAGCUUCAGCAUUAACUCAGCGCGCUCGCGGGUGGUGGACUUCACAAGCCCCUUCUUCUCCACCAGCCUGGGCAUCAUGGUGCGCACGCGCGACACGGCCUCGCCCAUUGGCGCCUUCAUGUGGCCGCUACACUGGACCAUGUGGCUGGGCGUCUUCGCGGCCCUGCACCUCACUGCGCUCUUCCUCACCUUGUAUGAGUGGCGCAGCCCCUACGGACUCACACCGCGCGGCCGAAACCGCAGCACAGUCUUCUCCUACUCCUCUGCGCUCAAUCUCUGCUACGCCAUCCUUUUCGGCCGUACCGUGUCCAGCAAGACUCCCAAAUGUCCCACCGGCCGCUUCCUCAUGAACCUCUGGGCCAUCUUCUGCCUGCUUGUGCUGUCCAGCUACACGGCCAAUCUGGCCGCCGUCAUGGUCGGGGACAAGACUUUCGAGGAGCUGUCAGGGAUCCACGACCCUAAGCUGCACCAGCCACCACAGGGCUUCCGCUUCGGCACGGUGUGGGAGAGCAGUGCAGAGGCCUACAUAAAGGCCAGCUUCCCGGAGAUGCACGCACACAUGCGGCGCCACAGCGCGCCCACCACACCUGGUGGUGUCGCCAUGCUCACGAGCGACCCCCCCAAGCUCAAUGCCUUUAUCAUGGACAAGUCACUUCUGGACUAUGAGGUGUCCAUCGACCCCGACUGCAAGCUGCUUACCGUGGGCAAGCCCUUCGCCAUCGAAGGCUAUGGCAUCGGACUGCCCCAAAACUCGCCACUCACCUCCAAUCUGUCUGAGUUCAUCAGCCGCUACAAGUCCUCGGGCUUUAUCGACUUGCUGCAUGACAAGUGGUAUAAGAUGGUGCCUUGUGGGAAGCGUGUCUUCGCAGUUACUGAGACUCUCCAGAUGGGCAUCUACCACUUCUCCGGCCUCUUUCUGCUGCUCUGCCUGGGCCUCGGCAGCGCUCUGCUCAGCUCCCUGGGCGAGCACGUCUUCUACCGCCUGGUGCUGCCGCGCAUCCGCAGGGGCAACCGUCUGCAGUACUGGCUGCACACCAGCCAGAAGAUCCACCGCGCGCUCAACACAGAGCAACCCGGUGCACAGAAGCUGGAGGUGGAGUCCAGUGGCCCAAAGGAGCAGCAGCAGGCCACCCUGGCUGACCCUGAAAGCCCCAGGCGCUGGAAACGUGUGCGUCGGGCGGUGAGCACUGAGCGCCGCCGCGUGCGCUUCUUGCUGGACCCAGCAGUGGCCCAGGACAGGGAGCAGGGGCCACCUGAGGGCCCCUUGUGGCUGUGCUCCAACGGGAGGUCACCUGUGCCUGGAGAGCUGGAAGAGCUGGAACGACAUAUCGAGGCUGUGCGCGAGCGGUUGCGCCAAGCCCUACUGCGGCGGGGUGAGCUCAGGGCCCAGCUUGGGGAUGGCACCCGCCACAGGCCACUGCGACUGCUCCAAGCUGCAAGGGUCCCUGAGGACGCACGGUGAAUGCAGCCACUGCG